AUUUAAAUGAAUGUGUGACACCUGGACUUGUCAUAUUGAUUUUACGUGAUCAACACAACAAUUGAUUAAAAAUGAUCCGAGGUUUAGUGAUUUUAGCUCUUAUUGCUACCGCUUUUGCUGGUGAGAUAGACUUCAACGACUGUGGUGAUGGAGUAAAUGCUCCAACAAGCUUUGAAGUAGCUGGAUGUGAUGAAGCUCCAUGUACGGUGGAAAGAGGAAAUACAUAUGAUUUUACCUUCAACUUUGAUGCACCUGUAAAUGCUGAUGAUCUGUCUGUCUCAAUCAAAGCUAAAGUUUUCGGUGUUUGGAUUCCAUGGCCUGGUGCACCUAAACAAGUAUGUGGCCAAGGAAUCUCUUGUCCUCUUACAUCUGGUAAAAGCUACACCUACCAAUCAAAAAUGACCAUUCCUGUUGUUGCACCUUCAAUAUCCACUACAGUUCAAUACACCCUCGCCAAUACUGCCAGUGAAACUGUAUUCUGUAACCGAUUCGGUGUUAAAGUUGCUUGAAUAUCUGAACUUACUGUUAUUCUGUAGAUUGGUCGAUUUCCUAAAAAUUCGUAUUAAAUAAACUAUGAGUAUUUAAAAAGCAA